GUGACGUCAUCACGCAACACCAGGAAGUGUCAGUUUACCGUAAAAACAGACAAAUGAGGAAAUGAAAUACGUGCCAAAAAAGAGUUUUCUGACGGGAGCAGAAACACACAUCGGGCAGACAGAAUACCUGCAGAUCUUCCCAAGCACCAUGGCAAAGCGUGUAGCUGUUAUUCUCUCGGGCUGCGGCGUGUACGAUGGCACAGAGAUCCACGAGGCCUCCGCCGUCCUCGUUCAUCUGAGUCGCGCUGGAGCCAAAGUGCAGAUGUUUGCUCCAAAUGCAGAUCAGAUGCACGUUGUCAAUCAUUGUGAGGGGAAGCCGACAGAAGAGAAGAGAAACAUCCUACAGGAGAGCGCCCGUAUCGCCAGGGGUGAUGUUACAGAUCUGGCCAAGCUCGAUGUUUCAGCUUUUGAUGCUCUCAUCAUCCCUGUCGGAGGGAUGUGGCGACUGCAAGUCUCUCUGAGGGAAGCCACGCACCUGCAGCAGGACGCAAGUUCCGCUGAUGUCCACGGUGGAUUUGGUGUGGCAAAAAACCUCAGCGAUUGGGCAGUAAAAAAUAAAAACCUCACCGUCAAACCAGCCGUGGUGAAAAUUCUCCAGGACUUCCACAAAUCCGGAAAGCCGCUGGGCUUGUGCUGCAUCUCCCCGGUCCUUGCCGCCAAAGUCCUGCCCGGUUGUGAGCUCACAGUGGGCCACGACACAGAAAGCGACAUGUGGCCGCACGCCCAGACCGCCCUCGCCUUGAAGGAGAUGGGCUGCAAGCAUGUGAACAAAAACGUGGAUCAGGCACAUGUUGACCUCAAAAAUAAACUCGUCACCACACCCGCGUUCAUGGGCAACGCUCCCAUUCAUAAAGUUUUUGAUGGAAUCGGCGUUAUGGUUCAAGAAACCCUUAAACUUGCAUAAGAUGUCUGCACACUGUAUGCCUUGUAUAUGAAUAAACAUGAUGGGAAAUCA